UUCACUUUUACCAUACCAGAAUCUCUAUUUGUCUCUGUCUAGAAUCCUUUUCUCUCUCAAAAUUUUGGUUUUUCUCUCUUUUUGGUGCUGAUUCAAUUUCAAGUUAGAACAACUCCCUUCAAUCUAAUAUUCCCAUAUUUGAAUUCUGAUUUUGCUUUCGUAACCUUUGAUAGCUCAUUCCCUUUGUGUUUUUUAAUCUGGGUGUUGUUGUUUGUUUUUAUGGCGGGAACGCUUCAGCUGAUGGGUAGUAACCGAUUCUCUUAUCUCUGAUAUUUGUCACAAGUCUGGGGUUUAUUUUUUAUUUUUUGAUUCCCAUUCUAAUUUAUGUAAAACCUAAAAAAGUGAACGGGGUUGAAAAUCGGAGAUUCCUUUUUGAAGCUAAAUUUGAUGGCGAACCCACCGGGGAACCAUCAACAAGAAGCGAAUCACCCGUCGCCUUCUUUCAAUGGAGCACACUUGAACAACGGGAAUCCUGCACCCGACACUUUGGGUUCGGGUUUGAAGCAUAACCCUGGUAUUUCGAUGGAUUGGACAUUAGAAGAGCAAGCUAUACUCGAAGACGGUUUAAAAACAUUUGCAUUAGAUCUGAGCAUAACUCGUUAUGCGAAGAUAGCCAUGAACUUGCAAAAUAAGACUGUACGGGAUGUGGCUUUGCGUUGCAGAUGGAUGAAUAAGAAGGAAACUAGCAAGAGAAGGAAGGAAGAGCACAGUUAUGCCAGGAAAAGUAAAGACAAAAAGGAAAGAGUUGUUGAUCCUUCAGCAAAGUCUACACAUUUUGCUGGUCAAUCUAGUAUUUCCCAAUAUCCAACCCCAAUGAUUUCUGUGGACUAUAAUGAUGGCAUUCCACUCGGAGCCAUCGGCGGGGUGGCAGGAGAACUUCUGGAGCAGAACGCUCAAGCCUUGAAUCAAAUAUCUGAAAAUCUUGCGUCUUUUAAGAUACAGGAAAAUAUCGGCCUCCUCUACCAAACUCGGGACAACCUUCUCAAGCUCAUGAAUGAGAUGAAUGAUGUGCCAGAUAUAAUGAAGCAGAUGCCGCAACUACCUGUGAAACUGAAUCUUGAUCUUGCCAACACCAUCCUUCCUCCUCCGCCCCCUUCCAUGUAGCCGUGAUCCUCCUUCCAUCCCAUCAAACUCAUCUAUUUAGUUUCCCCUUUAAUACAGUGCGUCGUGCGGCUCUGCUGAACGGGAAAAUAACUACCCGUCGAUGGGAUCGUCGCUUUUAAGAAAUUUGGAAGGCUGUGUUAUGUUUUUAUUUUGCUUCUGAACCCUCAGUAGUUUGUUUCUUGGUUUCAUGCGGUAGGUGACUUACCUAAGGAUUGUAUAGGGGUGG